UGGAUGCGGCAAGAAUCUUUUCUCAUCCUGUCUCCUGUGAUUCCGUCGCAAGUAAAGAGGCUUGCUUGAACUGAAAGCUUGUUCGAAUUUUUUCACCUUUUAGGAAAAGUAAGGUAAAAGAAAUCAGAAUGAUAACUACGGUUAAACGGGAGCUGAAGAGCAGAGAUUGCAAUGCGGCAUAUACUCUUGGGAACACACGAAUUCGAAACGUUCUCGAGGAUUUCUGUUUUGAAGGGAAUAUUAGCGAUGUGAAUGAAGUGACUAAGGUUCUCUUAUUGGGUUGUGGUGAUCUAAGAAAUACCUUUCAAGCAACAACUUCCAAGAAUCCUACAAAUCUAGAAAUUCAUCUCAAUGAUUUUCAUCCUAUCGUCUUGGCUCAAAAUAUCAUAAUUUUGAAAAUUGUGUCAGCAAGUGAUUUCAAUCCCGAUAAUGAUGAAGAUUUUGGUUUUCUGUGGGAUGUGUGGUACAAUAUGGAUUGGACAGAAAAAACCAGGAAGAGGUUCCUUUCUAUUGUUAAGGAGUUAACAAAUGAGAAGUUACCAGAUAAUGUCUCAAUUCCAAACAAUAGUCAUCUUGAAAAAUUGAAGAAAUUGUGGAGUAACUGGCAUUUUGUUUCCUCUAAAAACAAACCCGAUUCUGAAUCACUCUUGAGAAAAGUCUGGGGACAAAGGAAUCAAAGCUUGUUGGACUUAUGGGAUAUCAUUUAUCCAGGACAUUUACAAGAUGAAGCACAACUAAACAAUGCUGAUUUCUUCACUGUCUCAUUAAAUGAACUGGCUAAGCAGUUUCUACAUCGUGAAUAUUUCAUUGGAUUGGCUCCUUGUGUUAAAAAGAAGAUUAACAAAGAAGUACUCGAAUGCUACAGAAACGGCAGCAGCCGCCGCCGUCAAAAUAACGACCAACCAGUGUGCGUCAACCCAACUAUGCUGAACCCCAAGACCCAUGAUUGGGAUUUCUUCUGCUUAACUCCGUUUGAAGGUUAUCUGCCGAUGGCAAAAGGAGAGCUGAUAACUUCAGUUGAAGAAAUCAUGACCCAUUCCUGCUCCGAAAAACUCAAAAGAUUGGUGUCUUCCUAUCGCAGCCGGAUUCCAACAGUCAAAAUCGUUUUUCACUUAGAAGAAGCCAUAAAACAUUGCUACUCAGACGCAAACAAGUUCGACGUCAUCGACUGCUCUGAUUUCUCGGAACAUGUUGGGUUAGCCAAUUUAGUUGUUGCAUGCUGCCAAAAGUUGUCGGAUAACCCGAAUGCAAUUGUUUAUACCGAAAUAAUGACUGACCGUCAUCAUUCGGCCAACACAAUCGUUGAGACAUCCCUUUGCGCUCCAUUGAGUAUGAUUCCGACUAUUUACGGGUUGAGAUUGGCUGACCAUGUUGAAUUAAGGGAUUCUGCUAUAGAUUACUUGCGUUGCAAUACCCUUCAGGGUGAACGCCCAGUGAUUCUCUGCUGGCAGAAAGUCCCACCAUUUCAGAACAUUAAAUUGGUCCCUUCUCCCGAUUUAAAUCGAUGUCUAAUAACAAAGCUGGCCAAACUCUGUCAUCUGACAUCAUUUUCAAAACCAGCCCCUCCAACAAGCAGUGCUGGAAGUGAAAUCUACUAUACUCCCCUAACAUUCAACUAUAUUUUGGACUCGAUGAAUCGGCGACUGGGACAUGAUUGUUGGGUACCAGACCUACUUGACAUCGCUCCACAAUUCAUUCUGGCAAGAAAAACAUUGGAGAAUUGGAAGAAUGGGAAGAAAAUGAUGAAAUUGUCAGCUGUUAUUCAGUCCAUAGUGAAGUCUAAUGAAGAACCUGCCCCUCUACUUCGGCUAGUUUUUGUCCGGAAAGCUUCUUUUGAUCUUAGUCGUGACUUAUCCGGACCCGAUGUUCACUUUAUCGACAAUUUUGAACUUGAAUUCAAUCCUACUUCAAAAGGAAUAGAAUUGGAGACUGUGUCGUUUUUAUUGGCUUGUGAUCAUGGUUUUUUCGAUGAAACGUACGCUGCGAUUGUUGUCAAUGCUUUCAACGGAAUGCCACUACUUUUCUUGGAACCUUUUAAAUCAAUGCGGGUAGAGGAAUAUCUUGUACCUUACCCGAUUGAUCAAAGCAAAUCUCAACUUCCGCUGGAUCCUAAAAAUAAAAUGUACAUGAAGGUCGAAAGUUGUAUCGAGUCAGAAGAACAGUACACCCUUAGGAUUGCCAUUGAAUGUAGUGGAAAUGUUUCAGGAUUGAAGAUAUCUACUAACGAGCAGGCCCCCUGCGAAUCCUGCCAUGACGUCACCGUUUCAUUGACUCAACCCAGCAAAAUCCAACCAUUGUCAUUAACAUUUCCAUUUCCGAUCCUUGCGAAAAAUGUUCAAGCGACGCUCCAUCGAAAAAAUCGACAUGUCGAUUUGUUGUUGAAAAAAUCCCUGCUGGAACCUUGGCCAUGCGAGUUUCACACUAAAAAGUCUAAAUGGAUAAUAGACGAUUUAGUGCCCUGGGAAAACGUACCACUCAGACUCACCGCUGAAAAUGGAUUCAACACUUUGGAACACCAUCUGACCAGUCAACUGAUAUCAAAAAAUAUCAAUUCAGACCAUUUUCUUUAUUCAAAGUGUUCUGCUUUGGAUAAAUUGCGUAUCAAGCUUGGAGUAUUGAUGAACAGUGUUGCUGAGUUUGUCAGUUACGGUCGAAAUGACGAUCGGUACCUGCUGAAACUUCAUCUGCCCCUUCUUACAUCCCCAACGGGAACCCCAAUUUUGCUGAUAACGGCUGUUGAUGAUAUCCUUACGCGAAAACUUGAACAGGACUUUACGACAAACCGAACUGUUCUCAAAGAAGGAAUGGAUCACUUAAAGAUUUACAUGAAAGUUUUUCCACUUAACACACUCAAACCGAAGGACAAGUUGGUUGUGAAUGCCGAGACAGAAGAAGAAUUUCAAUUGUUUCGUUUUCUCCUGCGUUUGAACUCAACUAGAAUCGAGCCCAGUAAAUGGCAGAAGGAGAAUAUUCCUCUAGGAGGUAGCAGUCCUUGGCUUGCUACUUUCAUUUCUCCUCUCUACCAGGAUUCCGUAUCGACGGAAAGCAUUGAGGAUGAACUAGCUAACGAGAAAUGCUGUGCCGUUUGUAAGAAAAUCCCCGAGAAGUUGAAGCGUUGCAGUCGUUGCCGUUCUACUGUUUACUGCAGCGUCGAGUGUCAACAGUCUCAUUGGCCAACUCACAAGCUCAUCUGCCAGAAAUUGUAAUUUGGUCGAAACUUAAUGCAGCUUAAUCCAAACGCGUUGUGCCUCGAACUUGCAGUGAGAAUAAUAACCUACACCAUUCCUUAACCAGCAUUUGCUACAAGUUUUUUUGUAUUAAAAGCCAGCGCCUUCUACUAAUCGCAUCACACUUGAAUCUUCUAGAGCCCAGUCGAAUAAUUCCAAAAGAUGUCUCGCAUUAACAUGUUGAUGCUAUUGGUGGCCGUUGCCGUGGCCUUGACUUACCCUCAAGAAGCCGCCGAUCCUGCCCCAGCUGUUCCAGUUGCGGAUGGUUUAACAGCUGACCUCCGUCAUCACCACGGCCACAUCAGCGGCGGAUAUGGGGCCGGAUACAACCAAGGAUACGGCGGAUAUAAUCAAGGAUACGGUGGAUACAACCAGCAGGGAUAUGGCGGAUACAACCAGGGAUAUGGAAACGACACUGUCAAUCGAUGUUCAUUGACCCCUCGGAAUGUAGAAAUUUAGAGCACCAGGUGUUGGGAAGUUGGACUCGCCCGGCCAUAUAAAACGGCUGAUUUGAAUAUCGCAUGAUGACUUUACUGUUUUCAUCAGCAGAGACGAUAUCUUCUUUGGUGACACGAUUAACCUCUCGUUGUCUUCUGUACGAAUCAUGAAUCGCAAUCGCAAUUUGCUGAAUUUCACAGGCGUGCUGAUCGUGAUGGUCUUUAUCAACUUUGCCACUGGCGCUACUAAUAAUCUAAACAAACAACGAUUUGCGACCCAACUAGGAUCUGCCGUUUCCGGCAAUGUGCAGAAUUCUGCGGAUCGAGGCCAACAGCGGUCACCACCAGCGUUUCAGCCAGUUGUAGCUGAAACGAGUAUACCUCUGACUACUCGCGGUCCAGUUCCGCCUCGUCCUCCUCCCGGUUCAAUCCCCAAUCUCCCACCCAUAGCUGAAACACCUCGACCAACUUAUCUUCUAACAACUUCACAAAAACCAACACCGGGCAUUAACUACCCCCCAACAAAUCCAGUGAUUCCAGCGGCUCCAGCGAGUGAACCAGAAACUUCGACUGACGUGCUUUAAUGUUGUAAUUCUGUUAGCUCAGUACCUUUUGUAAAGACUUUUUAGCUUUUACUUCUUUUCGCAAGGUGUACUAGUCACCCACAGUUAUUGUGAAGGGAAAACAAGCAGGUCUGGUUGUUGAUGGGGUUGGUUAAUUUAUUUUUUUAAGGUGGUGGACCUUUAUCCUAACUUGUUGAAAGGGGGAAUGGGUGACUGUCGGUGACUGUUCGUUUUGUCCUAUGGAUCCUGAAUUUGUAAGUGAAUAAUUUCUUGUUUAAAAAACAGGGCUUUUUAAUAUUGGAAUUACUAGCGACGUAAAGGGUUUUGUCGAUGACGUAAACGCGGAGAUUUGGAAUCCAGCUGGGUCCCCCAAUCCACAAUGGAAUAAAGAUACAAGUGUAAUCCGUUUCUUCUUGAUAAACCUAAUUUCUUUUUGUGUCAAGUUCCGUUUUGAGGUUGGGUUAAUAUUUUCUUAUUGCAGCACUUAUUGAUGGAUUCAAAGAUAAUCUCAUUUAGCCCCUGACUGUGAAGCAUUUCGCAACGUUUCCAUAAUGUUUGGAAUACUUAUGUCAGUUCGAUUUAGUUGAGGCUCUGGUUACAGUAGUUACGUCGAUAGCUACGCCGGUCGUGUGAGUUUGUUGGAUGUGACUAGUAAACAUUCCGGCCAUUGCUGCUAUCGCCCAAUUCCGUCGCCAGUCAACUCCGCCUUGAAGUGAGCGGGACUGUAAUUCAAACUGCAGGGAUGUACGGUUCUUCUUAUCCGCUUGGUUGAUGUUGGAUGUGGCUAUGGGAAAUGAUUUUAAUUCCUGAAUCAUCAUUCAGAGCGGAAUGCUUUAACUGAGUAUCAACAUGAUAGCGCGCAUAAUUCUAUAUGCACUCAUUUACUUGGGUCUCGUACUGAACCUUAUUACUUUAUUUUUGAUAUUAUGUCGCCCACUGGAUUGUCUUAUUUCGUCUUUUCUAACAUUUGGAGGUUGUUAGUAAGCGGAAUUUUUUUUUCGUAGUUUAAUAUCCUAAAUGAUGAUUAGAUUGGGAUUUAAAUAUUUACAAGCAUUGGAUCAAGUAUCUUUUGGCGAUGACUCACUUAAUCACGGAAUGGGCAUUGAUGAGUCACGUAGCAGGUUGCAUAUCGGGAAUGAGUUCAUAAGAAUUGGCAGCAUUGACACUCGGGUUCCAAUUUUUUAUGAUAUUCUGUGUCAAAGCACGUAAACUGGACGUGACAAACCAAUCGAUUCAACUCUCUUCCGGGGUUUUGUUGCGUUUUUAUUUCUCAUUUUAACUUUAAAUUUGACACGUUCGACCACCUGCCUUAAAUUUGCACUUAUUGCCAUCAGCCACGUCAGCAGCAACAAGUGGCUGAAAUGAAAUGCAUCCAGGGAUUCAAAUUUCUGGCUUUAACUCCCAGGGUAUAAAAACGGAUUGCAAUCAUUGCAUUUUCGUGGCAAUCGCUUCUGAUCGCUGCACGUUGACUGGAGUCUUUCACCAUGAUAUCGCAGAAGAUGUGGGUGGUCAUUUUGGCAGUCGUUUUCUCCGACGCUUUUGCCGCACCGAUGGCGGUGACAACGGUGAAGCCGCAAACGACUCCCGCUAACCCAGGACUAGAAGUCCAGGAACUGAUUAUCUUGCGUGAUUACUACAAAAACAAACCGGCGGAUUCAGAGAACUCAAAAAAGGAAAAAGCUCAGAAAUUGAAGGAGUAUGAAGACAGACUUGCACCCAAACAGGCCAAUUUGUAUAAUCUAGCGUACGCUGCUUAUCUCUUAAAUCCGAAAUAUGAUAUUAGCCUGUAUUCGACUGACCCGUUUUCAAAAGAGAAUGCAACCGGUGAAUUUCCUGCCAUCCAAAAAUACAAAGACAAAAUUAAUUAUUACCAAGACAAGUGUCCAUUCCAGUUUAAGGGGAAUUAUUUGCUGGCUAGAGAUAUGGGUAUGGACGUCGAGUUCAAACAAGAUGGCUCUCCCUACGGUACUCCCGUAUUUGGGCAAGAAGGAAAGGCUCAAGCCUUUUACAACGAUCUUUGGGCGAAGCGAAAUUUGCCGUACACGAUGGACGAGUACCCAAUCUUGCGUGAUCAUUGGCAAAAACUGUUGAACCAACGUAUAGAGCUGGACAAAACUAGGAAACCGAGCCAAGCCGAGCUUUUGGCGUACGACAAAUAUCUCAAAGGCCCAGAGCCAAAAGGGGGUUUCACUUUGCCAUUCUGGAUCCCCCCCACGCCUCCGCCAAAGAAAUGGGUUUCGGUGGAAUAUUUUUGCGGAGGUGGCAAGGGAGGUGGAAAUUGGUGCACGAAAUGGGUGUGGCAAUGAAGUUGAACCAUCGACUGUCUUAUUCUGAAUUCCUCUCCGGUGCAACCUCUGCCUGGCUGUUUCGAUCUUGUUUGCUUUGAACUUUGCUUGUGUGU